GGUUCUGCGGCGGCGGCGGCGGUGGUGGCGCGGGGCCCUGGGCGCCGUCCUCUGCGCGCGCGGAGCCGCGGCGGAGGAAGGGGGAAGUUCAGCCCCUCGGCGCGCGCCCAAGAAAGGAGGAUGCCGAUGUAACCCGCCCUCUCCUGCUAUUCGGCUGCCGGGCGCUCCCUGGGUGCCCGCCGCCGGAGCCUCCGAGCCCGCCCGGGGAAGUGCCGCAUGGGGCUGGGCCGCUGAAGCGCCGAGUGCAGGGGCGCGCUGCGCCGAGGUGGGCGCAGGGGCCGGGGGUGGCAGUUGGCACAGUUUCGGCGGCGCCUUCAGCGCGGGAGUUGGGGGCGCGGCGCGCCUGCCCCGCCGCCGCGGUGCCUUCGGGAGACGAGAGUUAUGGAGCCCCCCAGCUGCAUUCAGGAUGAGCCGUUCCCGCACCCCCUAGAGCCCGAGCCGGGCGCCCCUGCGCAGCCGGGUCCCGGGAAGCCGGGCGAAAAGCGGUUCCGACUGUGGUACGUGGGAGGGUCGUGCCUGGACCGCAGGACCACGCUGCCCAUGCUGCCCUGGCUCAUGGCCGAGAUCCGUCGGCGCAGCCAGAAGCCCGAGGCGGGCGGCUGCGGGGCGCCGGCGGCCCGCGAGGUGCUCCUGGUGCUCAGCGCGCCGCUCCUGCGCUGCGUCCCCGCGCCAGGCGCCGGGGCUGCGGGGGGCGUCGGCCCCGCGGCCGCGCAGCCCAACCCGGCCGUCUUCAUCUUCGAGCACAAGGCGCAGCACAUCUCGCGCUUCAUCCACAACAGCCACGACCUCACCUACUUUGCCUACCUGAUCAAGGCGCAACCCGAUGACCCCGAGUCGCAGAUGGCCUGUCACGUUUUCCGCGCCACCGACCCCAAUCAGGUUCCUGAUGUUAUCAGCAGCAUAAGGCAGUUAUCUAAAGCUGCCAUGAAAGAGGAUGCCAAACCCAGCAAAGAUAACGAGGACGCCUUUUACAACUCUCAGAAGUUUGAAGUCUUGUACUGCGGCAAGGUGACGGUGACCCACAAGAAGGCCCCGUCCAGCCUCAUUGAUGACUGCAUCGAAAAGUUCAGCCUGCACGAACAGCAGCGCCUAAGGAUCCAGGGGGAGCAGCGCGGUGCGGAUGCCGGCGGCGAGGAGCCCGCCGUCUUCGAGGCCGAGGCGCCCGGUUCCCCCGCAGGCAUUCUGUUGGAGGAAGGGGAUGGCGUCACCAACACCCACCCUGCCUUAGCAGCCCCUGCCAGCCAGCCCGGACCGUCCAGCUCUCGAGGGUGCUUCCCUGAGCGGAUUUUGGAAGAUUCUGGCUUUGAUGAACAGCAGGAGUUCCGGUCUCGGUGCAGCAGCGUCACUGGAGUCCUGCAAAGGAAAGUUCACGAGAACAGCCAAAAACCACAGCCUCGAAGGAGACAUGCCAGCGCGCCCAGUCACGUACAGCCCUCCGAUUCGGAGAAGAACAGAACAAUGCUGUUUCAGGUUGGGCGGUUCGAGAUUAACCUUAUCAGUCCAGACACUAAAUCAGUUGUGCUUGAAAAGAAUUUUAAGGAUAUCUCUUCUUGUUCUCAGGGGAUAAAGCACGUUGAUCACUUCGGCUUUAUCUGUCGGGAGUCGCCAGAGCCUGGGCUGAGCCAGUAUAUCUGUUAUGUGUUCCAGUGUGCCAGUGAAUCUCUGGUGGAUGAGGUAAUGCUGACUCUGAAGCAGGCUUUCAGUACGGCCGCAGCCCUGCAGAGUGCCAAGACCCAGAUUAAGCUGUGCGAGACCUGCCCUAUGCACUCUUUGCAUAAGCUCUGUGAAAGGAUUGAAGGUCUCUACCCUCCGAGAGCCAAGCUGGUAAUACAGAGGCAUCUCUCAUCGCUGACAGAUAAUGAGCAAGCUGACAUCUUUGAACGAGUUCAGAAAAUGAAGCCGGUCAAUGACCAGGAAGAAAAUGAACUUGUGAUUUUACAUCUGAGGCAGCUGUGUGAAGCCAAGCAGAGGACACACAUUCACAUCGGGGAAGGCCCUUCUACUAUUUCAAAUAGUACAAUCCCGGAAAACGCGACAAGCAGUGGAAGGUUCAAACUUGACAUUCUGAAGAAUAAAGCUAAGCGAUCCUUAACUAGCUCCUUGGAAAAUAUCUUCUCAAGGGGAGCAAACAGAAUGCGAGGUCGCCUUGGAAGUAUGGACAGCUUUGAACGGUCCAACAGUCUUGCUUCGGAGAAGGAUUACUCACCAGGGGACUCUCCUCCGGGGACACCACCAGCAUCCCCACUGUCGUCAGCUUGGCAGUCGUUCCCUGAAGAGGAUUCUGACUCCCCGCAGUUUCGAAGACGGGCACACACAUUCAGCCACCCACCUUCAAGCACGAAGAGAAAGCUGAACCUACAGGAUGGGAGGACUCACGGGGUUCGCUCCCCUCUGCUGAGGCAGAGCUCCGUUGAACAAUGCAGCAUUCAUCCAUCAGUUCGGCGCAUUCACAAGGAGAGUAACUCUUCCUCCAGUCUUCCAAGUCUUCACACUUCCUUCUCUGCCCCUUCCUUCACUGCCCCCUCUUUCCUGAAAAGCUUUUACCAGAAUUCAGGUAGACUGUCCCCACAGUAUGAAAAUGACAUCAGAAGGUACCCCGACCAUAAGCAUACAGCUCAAUGGAUUAUCACAGAGUGGACACUCCAGGUCACCACCGCCCAGUCAAUAAAUGGAGCGCCGCCAGCCCCCUGCAGUGAUGGAGAGGGGAGGAAAAGGACCUCGUCUACAUGCAGCAAUGAGUCCCUAAACGUUGGAGGAACCCCCGUCACUCCUCGCCGAAUCUCCUGGCGGCAGCGCAUUUUCCUCAGGGUUGCCUCUCCCAUGAACAAAUCUCCCUCGGCAAUGCAGCAGCAGGAUGGACUGGACAGGAAUGAGCUGCUGCCACUGUCCCCUCUUGCUCCAACCAUGGAGGAGGAACCGCUGGUUAUAUUCAUGUCUGAUGAAGAUGACCCCGAAAAGGUUGAAGAAAGAAACAAGUCAGAAGAACUGAGGAGUUUGUGGAGAAAAGCAAUACACCAACAAAUCUUGUUGCUUCGGAUGGAAAAAGAAAACCAGAAACUUGAAGCAAGCAGAGAUGAACUCCAGUCCCGAAAAGUUAAAUUGGACUACGAAGAAGUUGGUGUAUGUCAGAAGGAGGUCUUAAUAACCUGGGAUAAGAAGUUGUUGAACUGCAGAUCUAAAAUCAGAUGUGAUAUAGAAGAUAUUCAUACUUCUCUUAAAGAAGGUGUUCCCAAAAGUCGACGAGGGGAAAUUUGGCAGUUCCUAGCUUUACAGUAUCGUCUAAGACACAGAUUGCCUAAUAAACAACAACCUCCUGACAUAUCCUAUAAAGAGCUUUUAAAGCAGCUCACUGCUCAGCAGCAUGCUAUUCUCGUGGAUUUAGGAAGGACCUUCCCUACUCACCCCUACUUUUCGGCGCAGCUUGGGGCGGGGCAGCUGUCGCUCUUUAACCUCUUGAAAGCCUACUCGUUGCUGGACACAGAAGUGGGUUACUGUCAGGGGAUCAGCUUUGUGGCCGGAGUCCUCCUUCUGCACAUGAGCGAAGAGCAAGCCUUUGAAAUGCUGAAAUUCCUCAUGUACGACCUGGGCUUCCGCAAGCAGUACAGACCGGACAUGAUGUCGCUACAGAUUCAGAUGUACCAGCUGUCCAGGCUCCUUCAUGACUAUCACAGAGAUCUCUACAAUCAUCUUGAAGAAAACGAGAUCAGCCCCAGUCUUUACGCUGCCCCCUGGUUCCUCACAUUGUUUGCCUCUCAGUUUCCAUUAGGAUUUGUAGCCAGAGUUUUUGAUAUUAUAUUUCUUCAGGGAACUGAAGUUAUAUUUAAGGUUGCGCUCAGCCUCCUGAGCAGCCAAGAGACGCUUAUAAUGGAGUGUGAAAACUUUGAAAAUAUUGUUGAGUUUCUUAAAAGCACGCUACCUGAUAUGAAUACAUCUGAAAUGGAAAAAAUUAUCACCCAGGUUUUUGAGAUGGAUAUUUCUAAACAGUUACACGCUUAUGAGGUGGAAUAUCACGUGCUGCAGGAUGAGCUUCAGGAAUCUUCCUAUGCCUGUGAGGAUAGCGAGCCUAUGGAGAAACUAGAGAGGGCCAAUAACCAACUGAAGAGACAAAACAUGGACCUCCUAGAAAAAUUACAGAUUGCUCAUGCUAAAAUCCAGACCUUGGAAUCCAACAUGGAAAAUCUUUUGACCAGAGAGACCAAAUUGAAGUCUUUAAUCCGGACCCUGGAACAAGAGAAAAUAGCUUAUCAAAAGACAGUGGAGCAGAUCCGGAAGCUGCUGCCAGCCGAUGCCCUCGCCAAUUGCGAAUCGCUGCUCAGAGACCUAAACUGCAACCCUAACAACAAAGCAAAGACGGGAAACAAGCCAUAACUGAAGAAGUGCCGUCUCAGCAGAAAGUGCUCUUAGAAUGCUACGGAAGGGAAGAAUCUGCAUGCUGCUGGCCCAGCGCUGGACCCUGGAGCUGACGGAACCACCUGAGUCUGGUGCUGCGCCCUCGUCCUAGCUGUGGACCUUGCUUUUCUUAGCCUACGCCAGUCCUAAGCCAUUGUACAUACGUAGACUGGUUUUUGUUGUUGUUGACUAUGUACAUAUAUAUAAGAUGGACAUAAAGGAUUCAUGCUUUGAAAUACAAGGAGUCGAUGUAUAUUAAGAGCAUUUUUUUAAAUCAAAACUUCAUGAAAUCCACACCAAAGGGAAGUUAAAAUGGAGUUCCCCUUGGACACACGUGAAAUUAUUUUGUCUUUGUAGUGAAUCAGAGCUAGAGCAUCUUUGUAUAUUGAAAUAUACUUGAAAAAAAUGAAUGUAUUUUUUUCUCCAAAGAGCAGCAUGUUUCACUCAAUAGUGGGGAAGGGGAAACAUUUGUGCAACUAUGCAUAUCUGUCUGAAAAUCUACGGACAUUGUAUAUAUAUGAGGAAGACGACUAAUUGCUAGUCAUGCUCCUAUGGGUUUUUCAGGAAAGUGGGGACGUUCCUCCCCUGCCUGCUUUGUGCCAACUAGCAUGUUGUAUCUACAUGCAUUUUGAGUCUGGAUAGGUGUUACUUUAGACGUGCAUAAGGAGAAAGCAAGACAUUGUGGUGGAGUCUACCCACCCAGCUCGAGGGGAAAGAGAAUGUUGCUAAUUUUUAGCAAAUUAGACCAGCAUUGUUACUCAAACUAAAAAUAUUAGGUGUCAGAAAUUUAAUGUGAGACCUGAAUAGUCUAGAUCAACUUUUUACCUGUUAAUCUAAAUUACUCCUGCAGUUGUGAACAGACUUCCCUUGGGGUGCCAACAAAAAGUCCAUGACAUGGAUUUGCCAUUUUCCCACCAAAAGGUGGGCACUCUUACUUAUUUCUCUCUACCUUUAAUGAAAGAUAAGGACAUGCAAUUGUGAUUGGUUUUCUAAAGAUGAUAUGCUGGGGUUUUUUGUUUUCGUUUUUUGCCAAUUGACAGAAUCUAAUAAACUCGUAAUCAUCUUCCCCUUCCAUGUGAAAAUUUAUGAGAUCUGUGAAAUGUUUAAGAACGAACUGUUGAAAUCCAUCAGAAGGGAAGGAGAAAGUGGCACCAAGCCCUUCUACAACCUAUGAUUCUGAAUUUGGACUCCCAAUUUUCUCAGCCUCCAGAUAGCUUAUUAGAAGACUUUCAUGCGUGCUGGGUGUAUGGAAGAAGAGUAACUUUCAAAGUACAUUUGCAGUUCUCCAUCUCACAGAUGAUCUUACAGUAGUGCCUCUGAAAGUUGAUGCAGCAUUUUUGCCUUUCCAGACAAUAUUUAUCAUCACUGCUUUUUGCAGUACUUAUGUGAUCACAGAUGGGUUAUCUGGGAUAAUUUUCUUCAAAGGGAGUUUGUUAUACACAAGCUAUAAUGUAUUAUAGAGUAGAAGAGUAUAGCUCUAAUCUGCUCGAUGAGCAGAUGAUAAGCAUUGAAACCCCCUUCUACACCGUUACUCAGCGUAAAUGUGAUGACUUGUUACAAAUCAGCAUGCCCUCUAAUCCAGACAGUUUCUUAAAAGAAAAUAAAGUCUUAUUAGUAAAGUUAAUGUAAUUUCUAAGUUCAAAAAAAUGCUGAUUCUAGAUACCCCAUUCACUUAGGGCCACCAACUGAUUUGUUGCUUGGAUUUCCCUAAAAUUUCUCUAUUUGUAGGCGAGGUUUUUCUUAUGAAGAGUAUGACAAAUAUCAUCUGGUUACUGUCUGGUGAUGAAAAUUACCUUAUGUGUGUGAUACACAGGUGGUAGCCAAAGAAUCUUCACGUUGGGAAAAGAAACUUUUCCUUUCAAUUGUUCAGUUUAAAGUAAAUUUUAUUCUGGAUGUUGAGUCAAUGUUAUGAGUUGUAUUACAGUGUUCAGAGAUUGAGGUGUCUUGGAUACAAUAUUUCUUUUGAAAAUGAAUUUUCUUUUUCUUUUGUGAUUUUUUAAAAUGUUCCGCUAGUUAUGCUUCAUGCAUUGUUACAUCUUCAUCCAAUCAAUGUAAUGUCUAGUUCAUUUACAGUAAAUACAUUAUUACAGUU